AUGGCGACCUUGUCGGUUCUCUACUUGUGUCAAGUCUUUUCUUAUGUAGAGACCGAAACGUUACGAAUUGCAAUUUUCAUCAACAAAAAGUGUUAUAAAGUGUUACAACAUACACUACAAACCCUUACAAAUGAUAUCAAUCUUCCGAAAAUUGUUCAUUCCUGUUCAUCCCUCUGCAUCGUCCCAACACGAAUUAAUGGAGACGUUUCUAACUCUACGUUCACUAAAUUCGACUACAAAACACUCGAACAUAUCAAGAAUGAUAUCAAUGUAAGAACCCUCAUCUUUUCUUUCGAUGCUACAACAGACUACCACUUUUUCUCAACAGUCAUGAACUUAAUCCCUUUAAACCGUUUAAACAGACUCGAGUUUGGAACAUGCGACGUGGGCUCAGACUGUAUAAAAAUGUCUGCACAAAAGAUUUCAAAGACACAAAACUGUUUGAAAGAACUCAAUUUUUGGAGAGACCCUGGCCUUCUUGGGAGAAACAGUUCGCAAAAUGAAAUCGAGGCGAUUAGUAAAUUGACGCAACUGGAGGUGAUGAGGUGCUUUGCUUGGUCAAACACAUUCACAUCACUUGUCAAUAUAUCAUCGCUUAACUUGCAUUUUAAAGACGAUUUUAAUAGGUUUGUCGAUGAUUUUGUGACACUAAAGAACCUUCGGAUUUUGACGGUCCGGUCGCAGAAUUUAAAGACUUAUGUGUCGAUAUCAAGAGUCGUUGAAAUCACUCAACUGACUACACUCGACAUCGUUCGAACACAAAUUGUGAAAGAUCCAGAAAUCUUACGGCUGAGUGCUUGUACCAAUCUUAAAAAUGUCAUAGUCUAUAUGAUAGAAAGUGUGUCUGAUGAGGUCUCAAGACUCUACCAAUUCUUCCCUCAAUUUUCAUUUCAACUUCAAUUGUAUUCUGUUCCCCUCGAUGGCCACAAAUUUCCUAAAUUCAAAGAAACAAAUGAAAGUCCCAGUCCAAAAAAUUUGACACCAUUUCACUUGACAUUAUUUCAAAGAGAAUUCACUCCAAAAUUUGCAAGGACUUUCUUUAAUAAAUUCAAACAAUGGCCACCUAAUCUCUAUUUCAAAAGUUAUAAUAUAUUCAAUUUAAGUACGUUAAGUAGGGGAAAGGGUUUGGCAGAGACUUUAAUGAGACUCGAAUUACAUUUUAUUACUAAUUUGCAAAAUAUCAACUCAGUGAACUCAUUUCUAUUUCUUACAGCACUGUCAAUUAGACAUUGCUCAAUACAACAAACUGAAAUUAUCGAAUUGACAAAUUUGCACUUUUUGAAACGGUUUGGAGUGACGGACUCUAAUGUGAUCGACUUAAUCCAAUUAUCGUGUCUCACCUCGUUAACUUCAUUCACACUAAAAAAUGAAGAACACUUCACUAAUUUAUUACACCACUUUGCAUUACUCCCAAACUUGAAACAAAUCUGCUUGAAUAACAUCACAACGGUAGAAAUGGAAGACGUCGUCUCUCUUGCAGAAUUGACACAAAUAAAGCAUUUCACAUUCGACAGAAAUUCGAUAUUUGAAAACAAUCACAAACUCUUUGCAACGCCAUUUCGGACUGUGGCGUUUGUCACUCCUCAAUAG